UUUGACGACUGAAUUUGUUCACUCGGGACUUCGGUACAAAUAAGCGCUUCCGUGAAAAGUUUUGUGAUAUACGUUUUAGAUUUAACCUGGUGGAUUGGAAUUGAUUUAACAAUGGCGGUGGAGCCAAUGAUUGAGCAACGCGUCGGCUACGGCAGCUCCAUCAUGAUGACUCUGAUGGCAACUGUUAUUGGCCUGGUGAUCACUUACUGGUGGCAGCAAAGCAAACGUUAUGUAAAAUUGGGAAAUAGGAUCCCAGGACCGCCGAAAGUUCCCUUCAUUGGCAACGCUCACUAUUUUAUAGGAAAGAACCACAAUGAAAUUAUGGAGAUGGCUCUAAGGAUGAGUAAAGAGUUCGGCAAUGUAGCUCGCGGUUGGCUAGGAAAUAAACUUGUGAUUUUUUUGACCCAUCCUGCUGACGUAGAAUUAAUCUUGAACAGCCAAACACAUUUGGAAAAAUCAGAUGAAUACCGAUUCUUCAAGCCCUGGCUCGGCGAUGGACUCCUCAUCAGCAAAGGCGACCAUUGGCGUCGCCACCGAAAACUCAUUGCGCCAGCCUUUCAUCAAAAUGUUUUAAAAUCGUUCAUUAGCACGUUUUACAAUAACAGCCUCAACGUAGUAAAGAGGUUACAACCCGAAAUCGGUAAGGAGUUCGACGUCCACGACUACAUGAGCGAAGCCACCGUCGACAUCUUGCUCGAAACCGCAAUGGGUACAAAGCGAUCUGCUCAGGACAAUCAAGGAUUCGAAUAUGCAAUGGCCGUUAUGAAAAUGUGUGAUAUCAUUCAUAAGAGGACUUAUCACCUUCUCUAUCGUUGGGACACAUUUUUCAACCUAACAUCGUUAAGAAAACAAGAGGAACGUCUGUUGGGAAUUAUCCAUGGACUAACGAAGAGGGUCAUUAAGAUAAAGAAGGAAAUCUAUGAGAAAACAUAUGUGGGCGGUGCUGCACCACACCCGUCAUUAGCGGAAAUCAUUGCAGAAGAUGCAAAAGACCUAAAUACCAAAAAACCAGCAGUAAUUACCGGACUUCGGGACGAUUUGGACGAAAUAGAUGAAAAUGAUGUUGGUGAAAAACGUAGAUUAGCUUUCCUGGAUUUGAUGGUCGAGACCGCGAAAACCGGAGAAAAUUUGACGGAUGAGGAGAUCAAAGACGAAGUCAACACAAUCAUGUUUGAGGGGCAUGAUACAACAGCGGCUGGAUCCAGUUUCGUUCUCUGUCUUCUAGGAUGUCAUCCAGAUGUCCAAGACAAAGUAUACGCCGAGUUGCAGAGUAUUUUCGGGGACUCAGAUCGCCCAUGCACAUUCGCUGACACUCUAGAGAUGAACUACCUCGAGCGAGUAAUUCUGGAAACAUUGCGAUUGUACCCUCCAGUACCAGUCAUUGCCAGGAAACUGAAUGAAGAUAUUAAACUGGUUUCUGAGGACUACCUCUUGCCACAGGGUUGCACCGUUGUGAUUGGCACAUUCAAAGUUCACCGUCGAGGGGAUGUUUACCCGGAUCCUGAUAUUUUCAACCCCGACAACUUCCUUCCGGAAAAUACUCAAAAUAGACAUUACUACAGUUUUAUUCCGUUUAGUGCUGGACCAAGGAGCUGUGUAGGUCGUAAAUAUGCCAUGCUCAAGCUGAAGGUUCUACUUUCAACCAUUCUUCGAAAUUACCAGAUUUCUUCAGAUGUGGAUGAAGAUCACUACAAGCUGCAAGCGGACAUCAUUUUGAAACGAACUGAUGGAUUCAGAAUAAGGGUGGAACCAAGGAAAAAGGCAGCCGCUGCAUAUUAGGAGACAACCUCGUGACUUUCGCUUAAUUAAUUUUAUGAUUAGCAUACAAUUAAAUAUUCUACUGUUUAUGCAAAUAUAAUUACAUAUUUACAAGAUAGAUGUAAGGCAAUGAUGCAAAGAAUAUGCAUACAAAAACCCA